AUGCAGCUUCCCCGACUGCCUUCAGGUGUGCCGCGCUAUGUGUUAAAUACUGGUAUCGCCAUUUUCGUGUUGUCGCUGGUGCUGUGGUCGAUCAACGCCUUAAACAUCACCAGUAUCGACACCCUACGUGGCAAGCUGACCCAGCCGCUGCCUUUGGAACAGAAUCAGGGACAGGAUGGCAUUAACAAUGAUGAAUUUUUGGAGCCGCCGCCCCCGCUGCAGUUGAUACCGUCUCCAACGCCGUCGCCAACACCCAGACCGGACGCAAAACUUGACGCAACAACAGACCGUCGUUGUAAUGCCGUCCCCAACGCCCCAGAUGUCGCUAUAAUUGUCAAAACAGGUGCCAAUGUGCUCUACGAUAAAAUUCCCUUCCAACUUCUCUCGGCCUGGCGUUGCGCCGAAGAUCCCCUUAUCUUUUCUGACCUUGCCACGACACUCGGCUCAUACCAGAUUUAUGAUGUGCUUGACAAUAUCACUGAGUCCAUCAAGAAUGGUCCAGACUUUGACUACUAUCGCAAACUGCAAGACUACAAGAAGUCUGGUCAGGAUGUGCGCGAACUCCGCACCGAAGGAGAAGCCGGAUGGAAAUUGGACAAAUACAAGUUUAUCCCUAUGCUGAAAAAGACAUGGAUGAUGCGACCGAACCACGAGUGGUAUGUCUUCCUCGAGGGAGACACGUAUGCGUUUUGGACAAAUAUUCUGUUAUGGUUGCAACAAUUCGACCCGAACGGACUGCACUAUUUGGGAGAGCAGACCUAUGUCAACAAUGAGGGUUUCGCUCACGGUGGAAGUGGAUUCAUUAUCUCCAGAGGCGCCAUGGCCAGGGUCUUGGACGACGACCCCGACAUCACCAUCCGUUAUGACCAAAUUGCCCAGAACGAGUACUAUGGCGAUUAUGUUCUGAUGAAAGCACUGAAAGAAAAGGGGGUUGAGUUGGGUCUCUAUAAACCUCUGUUGCAAGGAGAACCGCCUAGCAAUUUGCGCUACGGGCCUGGACGCUACGAAGGGGAAAGAUAUUGGUGUCAACCUUUGAUGUCGCUCCAUCACGUCACGCCUCUCGACGUGGAUGCCGUUUGGCAGUUUGAACAGCAGCGGGAAGACUUGUCGCAACCUAUUUUGUUCGCUGACAUGUACCAACAUUUUAUGGCUGAGCGCCUCCCUGAGGGCGAUAGUCUUGACGAUUGGUAUAAUCACUCAGACGAUGCUAAUAUCCGGGCCCCCGAUCAAGAGGAAGACAAACCCAUUCCACCAGAAGAGAUGACACCGACGCAGGAAGAAGCCUACAAGUCCCCCGAGCACUGUGCCGCUGCUUGCGCCGAGUAUCCUCGUUGCAUGCAAUAUGCAUACGAAUUCAUGGCAAAGGAGUGCUCGUACUCGUUUUCAUAUCGCUUUGGCGAGAAGCGCACCCGCAAAUCAGACGGCACCAGGUAUAAGUCUGGCUGGGUUAGGUCCAAGAUUGAAAAAGAUAUAGCAGAGAAUCCUUGCCCAUCUCCGGUGUGGAAAGGGUUCCAUACCCCUUGA